CACUCUAAUCUUAUCACGCACACCCUUACACGAUGCAACUUACCCAACUUAAACGUUCUAGUGUUGUACUUUCCUUACUUAACCCGACCCAUUUCCUCACCUUCGCGCUAUAAAUCAUAUCACAUCUUCCACCAUUUAGAACAACAUAACAUAAGAAAAACACACACACAAACACCCUUUGAGUUCAUUAACCUCUUCAGAAAAAACAACAACAACAACAAAAAAAAACAUCAUCAUCAAAAAAACUUCCGAGAGUUUAAUGGCAACACGCGUGAUCCCUCCAAGAAUCCUCAAGAAGCUCCGUUACAACACAACAACCAAGCCACUCAACGCUGCCCACCCCUCAAUCUCUCCAGUCAUCGCCCCACCGUCACUCUUCGAGAGGUCGCCGUCCCCUGUCGCGGAUGCUGUUUCAACAACAUCCACGACUAUGGAGACGGCGAAUCUCAACCUCGACGACGCGGAGCGGCUUUUCGCGUCAGUAUCGACGGAAAAGCUGCUCCGGUCGUCCGCGGUUUUGCAUGCGACGGCGGUGGGGCCCAUGGUAGACCUGGGAAUGUGGUUGAUGAAGUCUCCGGUGUUCCAGACCGGGCUGCCGAAGGAUCUCAUCAUGGCCGCCACGAAGGAGACGUUCUUCUCGCACUUCUGCGCCGGCGAGGACGCCGCCGCCGCCGGACGGAGCAUCAGCGCGCUCAAGGAGGCCGGCUUACGUGGCAUGCUGGUGUACGGUGUGGAAGACGCGCAUGAAAACGAUGGGUGUGAUAGAAACCUCAAAGGGUUCCUUCACACUGUGGAUGUUAGCAAAUCGCUUCCACCAUCCUCUGUGAGUUUUGUCAUUGUGAAAAUCACUGCAAUAUGCCCCAUGACAUUGCUUGAAAGAAUGAGUGAUCUUCUAAGAUGGCAACAGAAAGAUCCUUCAUUUGUUUUGCCAUGGAAGCAAGAUUCGCUUCCAAUUUUUGCAGAAUCUAGCCCUUUGUAUCACACGCAGAAAAGACCAGAGCCUCUAACCCCAGAAGAAGAGAGUGAUCUUCAACUUGCCAACCAGAGACUCCUUGAACUUUGCCAAAGAUGUGAGGAAGCCAAUAUGCCUUUGUUGGUUGAUGCAGAACACACCACAGUUCAACCGGCUAUCGAUUACUUCACAUACUCUUCUUCCAUAAGGCACAAUAAGGAUGACAACCCCAUUGUGUUUGGAACCAUUCAGACUUAUUUGAAAGAUGCCAAGGAGAGGUUGUUGCUCACAACAAAGGCAGCAGAAAAAAUGGGAGUUCCAUUGGGGUUCAAAUUGGUUAGAGGUGCCUACAUGUCCACAGAGAGUAAAUUGGCUGAGUCAUUUGGGUAUGCAUCCCCAAUUCACAAUACCAUUCAAGAAACACACAAUUGCUUCAAUGGCUGCUCAUCAUUUCUUCUUGAGAAGAUUGCUAAUGGACCCGGUUCAAUUUCAGUUGUUCUUGCAACUCACAAUAUUGAAUCAGGGAAAUUGGCUGCAGCAAAAGCAUAUGAAUUGGGGGUUGGAAAGGUAAACCACAAGCUAGAAUUUGCACAACUGUAUGGAAUGUCAGAGGCACUUUCCUUUGGUUUGAGCAAUGCAGGGUUUCAAGUUAGCAAGUAUAUGCCAUUUGGGCCGGUAGAUAUGGUUAUGCCUUACCUUCUGAGAAGGGCUGAAGAAAAUAGAGGGCUUUUGGCUGCAUCAGGUUUUGAUAGGCAAUUGAUGAGAAAGGAGUUGGGAAGAAGAUUAAAAGCUGCAAUGUUCUAAAUUUGUCAGAAAUCAGGAUUCAUUGACUUUUUGUACAAAUUAGAGAGUUUUGUAAUGUGAAGAAAUUGUGCAUUCAAUCAAAUGAAAUUCUGCUUUGUUAUGUAGGUUUUGUUGGAAAUGCAACGGAUCUUUUGUGUUGAGCAAUAAACUUAUGCUUAAAUUGGGAAAGUGUAAAACCAGGUUAGAAAAAUGAGUAAGAAAAACAAGAAUAGUUUUUAAGUCA